GUUUGAGAUCACGUGGUCGGGUGUGGGGUCGCGGUGCAGUAGCUUCGAGUUCUUGUCGUCUUCCCAGCGUUCAACAGCCAUCCAAGCUUUGAAACCCGGCGUGCAUUGCGAUUACUUUACAAACUCAAAGAGACUUGACACAUUCAUGGAGACUGUGGCUCUAGAGGAAAUAGAGACUUCGGCUAUUACUAAGGAAGAUACGAGUUCAACUGAGGAAAAGACAACCAGUGAUGAGGGUUCAACUGAAUCAGGGUGCAAUGAUGAAAGCAACCUUGGCCAGAUAUCAGGGCAGCCUAUUAAUUCCACUGAGCAGGAAGUAAUUGGUCUGUUGCUUGCGCAGCAGCAGGUGUUAACCGGUACCAAGGGAUCAGUGCCUGGAAACUCCUUCAGUCAAGCAGCAUCUGGUGCUAAUGCUAUCGCCGUGGUCCCGGCAGAAGUUAUGCAGGGAGAUGGGAAUGCAGAGAUUGUUGAGGAGACUCCUGUUGAUUCAAAUAUGGAUAGCAAUGAACGUGAGAUGAAUGCCAGACAACAAGGGGAACAAGAAAGUGCCACUGCAUCUAUAAUGGAGGCUGUCCAACAUCAGCAGCAGCAGCAAACAGAAGACUCUCCUCACCAGCCCACAAGUCAUAGCUAUGUGUCUGUCCAGACAAGCCUGGCUCCCUCCGAACUCAUCCAAUCUGCAGUGGUUGUCAGUGCUGCCCCCAGUGGUACUGUCUUUUUGGAGCAGCAAGCGGUUACACUGACUGAGCUACCUGGUGGUGUUCAUGCUAUACCAGCUUCUGGGGCUUUUGAGGGAGCUACCUAUGUCCACCAGACAACUGAUGGUACAAGCUAUGUGAUCACCUCUGAGGGAGGAGCCUAUGAGACCCCGUCCACUGUCUCCAUCGCCAGUAUCUCUGAGUCCAGUAAUGCUAUGGCUAAUGCUGGUGGAGAGGGUGAGGAGGCUGGGGGCAUCCAUGGCAUGGAGCAGUAUGUCCAUCAGGGAAGCCAGGCAGAGCAGGUCGACCAUGGAGGGACUUUGUUUGUCCUCCAUGAGGACCCAGAUGAAGAUUCUUUAGAUGCUGAUGGACAGACCCACCCAAAGCGCAUCUACCACUGUAAUAUUGACGGUUGUGGCAAGCAGUUCUCCACGGCCUAUCGACUGAAGGCACAUGGGCGCAGCCACACAGGUGACACAUUUCGCUGUGAGGAGAAUGGCUGCGAUAAAUCGUUCAUCACUCAGAGCGACCUGACAAAGCAUGUACGGACCCACUCGGGGGAGAAGCCAUUCCGAUGCGAGGUCGAUGGGUGUGGCCGAGUUUACACCACUGCGCAUCACCUUAAGGUCCACGAGCGAGCACACACGGGAGAAAAGCCGUUCAAAUGCUCGUUCGAGCAAUGUGAUAAAGCUUUCGCUACUGGCUAUGGGUUAAAAAGCCAUAUGCGUACUCACACGGGGGAGAAACCUUACAAAUGUCCGAAAGAGACCUGCGCCAAGGCAUUCAAGACAUCAGGGGACUUACAGAAACACAUAAGGACACACACGGGUGAGCGUCCAUUCAAGUGUCCGUAUGAAGGCUGUGGUCGAUCCUUCACCACCUCUAACAUCAGAAAAGUGCACAUGCGCACCCAUACUGGGGAGCGGCCCUACAUCUGUGAACACCCAGGGUGUGGUCGGGCAUUCGCUAGUGCUACCAACUACAAGAACCACUCUCGCAUCCACACAGGGGAGCGUCCAUACGUAUGUCAAGUAAUCGGCUGCAACAAGCGCUUCACGGAGUACUCGAGCUUGUACAAGCAUCACGUGGUCCACACGCACACGAAACCGUACACGUGUAACGCGUGUAACAAAACCUACCGACAGACAUCGACACUCGCCAACCAUAAGCGGACGGCGCACGGGGAGGUCUCGCCCGAUAUGGACGGCAUAUCACACGAUGAGGACUACGAUGAUGAUGGCGAGCCCACAGUCAAGCGUCAGCGGAUAGAGUACACUGAUAUCCAUGGCAACCAAGCCUUUGCUCAAGGCGUUCCAGUUACCGUUGUAACCGAUGACGCUUCCGUGGCUGCUAUCCAAGCGAUCGACGUAACUGAUAUCCAGCACAUUUCUGGGGGUACACAAAUCACCAUCCCGGUAGCCAUAGCAACCGACACGGGCACCAUACAGGUUCAGACGGCUGACGCUAGUAGCCUGCAUACGCACACAGUGGGUCUAACAGAGCAGGGCGGCCAACUCACAGCCACCUCCGGACACCACACUCUCGUCACGGACGGCCAAGAAAUCGACAUGGGCCAAAACGUGCACGUGACGCUCCCUAAUACGGUAGUAGUGACGUCACUAGGGGGAAACACAGUGGUGACGCACGCGGGUCAGGAGUCGUACCACGUGGUCGACGGCGGGAUGCACGUGACGGAAGAACACGUGCAGGCGGACCAAGAUCACGUGGACAGGGGAUCAGGGCUCGUACACACAGACCAUGAUCACGUGGAGGAGGCGGAUAAUGAGAGGGAUCUGGGAGAAUCGCACCUGCAUCAGAAGGCGGCGGAUAGCUUGGAGAGCGGCCUGGCGCUAGCACAGACAUAGCAUGUGUGUGUAGCAUCUUAACAGAUUUGACGCUGCGUUUGGCUCUCACAUGCCUCAUAGAGCUGAACGUCCGUGGAUCCGACUGGACUUUUUUAUUUAUAAGACUCGUUAUUUGGAUAAAAUCAAAUAUACAUAGCUGUCACUGAAUCAUCUUAUGAUUUAGGAGUUGGAGCCAUUUAUAGUAUACGAUGGAUUUGAUUCAUCGGUAGUUGAACCGGAUUGGUUUACUACUGAAACGAGCUCAUAUGCAUAGGGUUUUAUAAACCAAGAUAACCAUUACGAAAGUAAGUAGGAUCCACGGUCUUGGGGAGGAUGAACCUUCUCCUCUUUUGGACAGAGGUUAUUAUCGUAGAUUUAUAUUUGUGUGUAGGAGUUUCGUAUCAUUGGAAAGUUGGGGCAGUGUGGAGAUUGGGGAAAGGGGUUGAGCCGUUGUAAUUUCAUUCAUGCAAAAUAAAUCCCUGCAAAUAGAAAGUUUGUAGAACAAUUUGAAAAUGCAUACUUUCAAUUUUGUUUUAGUUUAUCGAGCAGUUGAGUCGAUUAUUGAAACACGUGUCUAAGUUUUUGUUCCACUUGUAAGUUCUAUACUUGACUAUCCAUGUCUGUGUACUUUAGUCGUUUUUACCUAUUACAACUUUAUACUCGGAGAUCCCGCAUGUCAUUGCGUUGCGCACAGUUUGGGGAGCUCUUAUUGGGUCCUUGGGUAUGUUCUCGUGGCUUGCCACAAAAUGAUUCAUAUGAAGUGACUAACAUGUUUCUGUUAAUAAAGUUUUAAAUGCCACAUUA